AUGCUCCAACCAAUCCUUCUAACCCUGCUCGCCUCGGGUUUUGCGUCUGCGGCCAAACGCGCCGCCAACGCCACCCUUUGCGAGCACUACAGCACUCUGCUUCUCGGCGCCAGCAAUGCUACCACGCAGCACACCCUCAUGACCCUGGUCGUCAACACGGCCGUCAUCGGCAACUACAGCAGCGCCAGCAAGAGCUACGUGCCCGGCAUCCUCGCCGCAGAUGCCACCUUCAACAACGCAAAGGUCAACCUGCUCCAGUUCUUCGACGGCUCCCUGUACUCCACCAACAACGGAGAUGCCACCCCCGGCUCCACCAAUUUCCUCGACGGAGGCGGCGCCGCCCCGUUGAAGAUGAACAUGCCUGCCAAUAACGUUACCUCCAACCAGUACGGCCUCCUCACCCACCUCUACGAAUUCUUCGGCGACUUGCUGGGCUGCUCCGCCGUCGGCACCAAGGGCUUCCCCUCGUACGGCGGCGUCACCUCCAUGUACGAAGUGCACAAGUUCAUGGCUCUCAACGCCGACGAGGUGGGCUACUUCAUUGAGCAAGUCGGCCUGUCGGCCGCGAGUUUCGGCGUGGCUGCUGCGGACGUGCAGUAUGUCGGCAAGACGCUGCAGAGCUUGUUUGGCAUGAGGUGUGCGCCGGCCGUGGACAUCUUGCCGGGAGCGCCGGCGCAGUUGCAGGCAAUUUGCACGGACCCCGAUUGUCCCGAGGCCUCGCCAUCCAACUGCAGUACCUACGAAGCAUUCGUGGAGCCCAAGGUCGUCAGCGCAACGAGCGGCGCAGGAGCCAGCUCGACAGGAAUGGGAAUGCCAAUGGGCACUUCAGGCGCCUCCGCAACUGCGACUGCCAGUGGGGCCAAUUCUACUGUCACUUGGACGAGUCCCUGCCCGUCCAGUGGCACUGCCUUGGCUAGUAGUGGAGCGGCUAACCCCGCUGCUACAGGUUCCACCUCGGGCUCUGGCUCUGGCUCCGGCAGUGGCAGUGGAAGUGGCAGUGGCAGUGGCAGUGGCAGGACCGGUGGCACUGGAAUGACUGGUGCUGGGUCCAGUGUGGGCAUUCCCAUGUGCCUCAUGCUGGCGGCGGUCGCACAGCUCGUUUUGAUCAUUGGAUAA